GCGGCUGGGGGGACAGGGACAGGGCCACUGGGGCGUCCUCUGCUCAGAGCAGGUCCCUCCGAAGAGGCUGGAGAAUUGAGAUGGGCCAAGCAGCUAUAAAAGCUGGAUUGGUGCCACUGAAAAAUCAGGGACUAAAGGUCAGGGAGGAGCUUUCUGCUUCCUCGAGGGAUGGGAGAUACCUUUGCCUCUGUGGCAACCUAGCUAGUCCUCCUCCUGGAGCUGAGCCCUCCGCUCCCUCAUCUCCACACGCCUGUUCUGCCACCCAUGGGCUGGCAGCAGAUAGUCACUGUCCCCAAAAUCUCUGCUGUCUGGGGACAGUGGCAGCGGAGCAAUGAUGGAAGCAAAGAGGUUAGUUGGGAAGGGGCUGGCUCUGGGCAACAGAGCAAGCCCUGCCCUGGGGAGGACUUUCCACAGACGCUGGCAGUAGCUCGGAGGGCAGCUCUUGCACGUGCAGGCUUUGCAUCUGUGCGGGCUUCCCAGCCUGCAGCCCCUGCACUGAACCCGCUCAGCUGUGGCCUCGGUGGCUCCUGGAGUCACCCGUAUCCACACCCCAUCCCGGCGGUGCAGCCACACAUCGGCAGAGGAAAACAGGAGCUGUAACUUCACAGAUGCGUCGGGUUCCCUCUUUGAAUAGACCCACCAGCUGUCUGAGUCAUUUAAAAGGCUUCUGCAUGCUGAAGAAACACUGGUGAAGGCGUGAUCCAGCCCAGCUGCACAUUCAAAUAUGAAGUUAUUCUGGAUAAUCCCAUUUUUCCUGCUGCAAGACACCGAAACUUUCCUGAUGAAAAAUGCCAAAGCCAAGCUGUGUCUACAAGCCAGCCCGACGGAUGGGAAUUUACUGCUGGCGGGCUGUGACCCAAGCUCGGAUUUCCAAGACUGGUCUUGGCAGGGCGAUUCGCUGGUGAAUCUCGGCACGCUGGCGUGCCUCUCCGUGGGGGAGGACAGCGGAGUGCGGACCAGUGCCUGCGACAGCGCGGGCCGCACGCGCUGGGACUGCUCCAGCUGGCUGCUCUCGCCGCUGGGCAGCAGCCAGGGCUACCUGGCAGCAACCAGGAGGGGAGUCAGCCUCGCCGCUGCGAGAGGCCCCAAGGCGCAGUGGCAAGGGGCCGCGGAGAGGAGCGUGUGUGCGGAGAAGGCAGCCAAGGCAGAGCACAGCAGGUACCUGCCCGCAGCCCUCGCCAGCACGCGCACGUAUGGGCCCACGGCAGGCAACGCUGCCCUUGCGCUGGGUUUGGCUCCGGCGCAGCUGGAGGAGCUGCUGUGGUUCUUCCGCAGAGAAGACCCGUCGGCGUGGAAUUACGCUCUCCUCGCCCUUUCCCUCGUGGUCCUGCUCCUGGGUCUCUUCCUCCUGGCCGUGAACAUCGCGCGGAACAGGAAAAGGAAGAUGCAUGCGGAAGCCGUGCCAGCCGCGGAGCAAGCCGAGCUGGAAGCCACGCAAGCCCUGAUGCCCGCGCAGGAGUACGGCCACGCCGACCCGCAGAAGCAGGAGCUGCUGCCCAAGGAGGAGAGGUUGGGCGAGGUGCUGGUGCAGUGGAGGGACGGGACCAUCACCACCCUGUACACCGAGCCGCCGGAGGAGGCCGUGUAAGAGCAGCUGGCGUCAAACCACCUGGACCCCACGGAGCACAUCGGAAUGUCCCAACUCGUGGCCAUCAACGGUCGGGAAGUUUAAAACCAGUUUUAGCCUGGAAACAGCAAAGGAAGCCGCGGGGCUGCACAGGCGGAGGUGGCUCCGGGCUGCAGGACAAACCCCUGGCUGAUCCGCGCCCGCCGGGCUCGGCUGCCCCGGCCACUGCCCUGUGCCAGCUCCGCCGCCCGCGUGCAGACAUCUCCUGCCCGCGGCACGGCACGGCACGGCACGGAGCGGAGCGGCACGGCACGGCACGGCACGGCCGUCAGCCAAGGAACGCGCCGGCGAGGCUCGUCCAGGAACAGCAACGCUAACGCCGAGGACCUCUCGUUCUUUU